UAAUAGAGUAUAUAAUAUUUACAUUUAUUCACGAGAAUAUAUGACCAACUAAUCUUACCGAAGACACAAAAUACAUACAUGUGAUAUCGUACUUUUCCACCUUAUUGUCUUUCUGUCACUGAAAUUUCUUUACGUUUUCGAUUUUGCUAUAGAUAGAUCUAUUAAAAAUGUAGUACUCUUUUCAAAGCGAAUUUAUCUCGUGAAGUAUUAUACAUGAAAAAAGUAGUAUGCAUGAAGAAAUUUUUGUGUUGUUAGUUCCAACUUUUGUUGGAUGUACAAUGUACGAUAGCAUAAUAUUUCUCCGAAUUUUACCACAGCCAACACAUAUUCACUUCUUUUUAUAACUCCUACAUAUGACAAACUUUCUGUUCGAAACGAGGGACUAUCAUAAACUGGGUAUAACACUUUUAAUAUUUAAUGUAUCCUUCGGUGAAGCAUCACGUUGUUGCGACUUGCGUCGCAAACAUGCGUGAUCAUCAUUUUUCACAAGAGACAGUCGAAACCUUCAUCGCAUUAGUCUUUAGUAUGGAUAUGUCUAAAUCGUAUCCAGGCUAUAGAGACUUUGUUUGGGUUGUUGAAUUACAUCGAUUCGGUUUGGAAUUGGUCGGAUUAUGGCCAACAACCGACAAAGCAGCCAAAACUAGCAACAUAUCUGAUCUUCGUGGUUGCAUCAUUUUUAUCAUAAUAGCAUUUGUUUGUGCUAUUCCUUUUAUAUGUUCUCUUAUACGAGUGCGCAGUGAUAUAAUACUUGUGAUGGAUAACUUGCAAGUCACAUUACCUCUCAUGGUGGUUUUAUUAAAACUUAUUAUUAUGCGAUGGAAACAAACAGCUCUCUUAUCCAUCUUAAACAUGAUGGCGAAUGACUGGAGAGUAUUCAAGGUAGAUACACAGAGGGAUGUAAUGCUGAAGUGGGCACGAACUGCCCGAUUCAUCGUAACUUGUGGUUACAUAAUGACAGGAUGUGCAGUGAUUAUAGCCAUCGUUUUUCCAUACUUUGGUGUACCAUUUAGGCGAUUGUCGAAUCUUACGGAUAGCGAUAAACCGUUACCGUUUCAGGCCUAUUACUUCUACGACACAGAUCCGAGUCCACAAUUUGAGUUGACAUUUCUCUUUCAAGCUAUAACUAUGUUCCUGGCAGCCGUUAUUUAUACAUCAGUAGACGCCCUCCUUGGACUGGUGAUCCUGCACACUUGUGGCCAGUUGGAGAAUUUCAAAGAUCAAUUAGCCAAUAUGGCUGCAUCCAAAAAUUUUGAUAGUGCUUUACGUAACAGCGUGAUCACCCAUGUACGACUUAUCAGAUUUACCAAUAAAAUCGAAGAUAUAUUCGCUCUGUUGAUGUUGGGGUUGGUAAUUUACUUUGGUAUCGUAUUUUGUCUGUAUGGGUUUCUGCUACUCAAUGUGAUGAUGGAUGAACAAAUGAGUGAGGUACCUUUUUCACGAAUAUGCUAUGUGAUAGUUGGUGUUAUUAUUCUAUUAGCACACACAUUUCUCUACUGCGGUGCUGGAGAGCUUAUGACCGAACACGGUGAUGCAGUAUAUCAAGCUAUAUAUGAUCUUGAUUGGUAUAAGUUGGACUCAAGGAAAUCAAGGAAUCUUAUGUUAUUAAUGCUACGAGCAAGCAAACCGUUUCGCAUCACUGCAGGAAAAGUGAUACCGUUAACAAUGGCUACUUUUUGCAGCCUAUUAAAAACGUCGGCUGGAUAUACAUCGUUUUUAUUAGCAAAAUAUGGUUAAAGGAUAUGCAAAAAUCACUAAUUUAGUUUAUUACAUAAUGAAAAUGGAAUUAGCGUCCAAUAUUUCCGAUAAGAGCGGAUAAAAGCGACCUAGGCAAGGAUAAAAACUGAUAGCGUUAUUAAUUAUAAAAGUGUUAAAAAUAAAUAUUCAUGAAAAUUACU